AAUUUUGUUGAUUUUAUAGUGGAUGCAAUUCCUAUUUAAACUCAGUUCUGCGAGCUAUUCAGUACAUUACAGUCAUCUCGAAAACUGAGGUAUUUUGUUUAUUCAGUAUUUUAAGCAACUCAAAAAACAAACUAUCAUCAUGAAGGUCACAUGUGUUGUACUCCUUUUGGUCGCUUUAGUCGCCGCAGAAAAAACUGAAAAACGCGAUGCCCUUUACAAUGGAGUAUAUGGAUCCGCAUUUUCUUAUGGAGUUGGAAGCCCUGUAGUCCCUCAAUCUCACUCUGUCCAUGGAGUUGCUCAACCACUCGUUAAAUCUUUGCCAGCAUCAUACUCUGGAGCUUACCCAUCAGCUUACUCAGCAUACUCUGGAGCCUACCCAUCAACUUACUCAGCAUAUUCUGGAGCCUACCCAUCAGCUUACUCAGCAUACUCUGGAGCCUACCCAUCAGCUUACUCAGCACACUCUGGAGCAUACCCAUCAUCCUUCAGUCCAUACUCUGGUGCCUACCCAGCAUCCUUCGGUUCAUACUCUGGUGCCUACCCAUCAUCCUUCGGUUCAUACUCUGGUGCCUACCCAUCAUCCUUCGGUUCAUACUCUGGUGCCUAUCCAGCUGCUCACUCUGCACACGCUUAUGGAUCUCCACAAUACCUUGGUUCUCAAACUCUUGCCCUCAAAAAAUAAUUGUUCAACUUUGAACAAACUUCUCUAAAAACGUUAAUUUAAAUUUUCAAAAUAUUUUUCAAAUGUUAUAGUGUACAUAAAUGUAAACUAAUUAACUUCUCAAAUAAAAUAAAUAGUAUUUUACUGAAAUAAUAA